AUGGACAGUACACAAGGAGGAGAACGUGGGUUGUCGCGUCCCUCUCAAAGCGAAAACCGAUCAGCAUUUGUCUCGAACGCAGAGGGCGACAGCGUGCCUUUUGGGACUACUCGUCAGUCGAGAAUGGCUGCCCAAACCAGAAGAAGCUAUGGUACAAUAGACCCCAACGACAAAACGAGCCCCGAUUCACGCCCAGACGAAAGUCUCCCUGAAGCCUCAAGUCGCGCUCUUACGUCUCAGUCGCCAUCCGCUGGGGCCAUUCAACCUGAAAAACCAAGGAAGCCACCUGUAACCCGCCGCAUGUCUUCGAAGCGCCAGGUCCCUCAUAAAGGCCAAGAGUUCUCUACAGAAGAUGAUGUUCAAGAAGUUGAGGAAGAUAUAGCUAUGCAACAAGCAACGCACCCGCAGCCUUCCCCGAGAACUCGCCCCUUGAGAAAGCAGAAUUCGACUAUCCGACGGAGAGUCAAUCCUCGAGUCACCACUCCGUUGACACGGACAGAGGUCGAUUCUGACAAUGGUAAAGUCGACGAAUCAGGCUUGCCGGAUUCUAGUCUGGAACAGUCGGGGCCGGACAAUACUAGGCAGCCAGACCCCAGCAGUGGCGGUGAAGAUGACUAUGGUGGUGGUGGUGGUGAUGAUGACGACAACGACCAGGACCAUGACGGUGAUGGUGAUGAUGAUGAUGAUGAUGAUGAUGAUGAUGAUGAUGAUGAUGCGAGCAAUAGCGAAGAGAAUAGCAAAGACAACGAUGAGGACGCCGAGUCAACUAGUGAUGCGGAAAGCUUUACACUAAAGGAUCGUCAGCAAGCCAUCAACGAAACCCACCCCUUUGGAAUUCGGAUUUGGAAACCUGCCUUGUACAAGAAGAGUCGCUCGGUGGAAAAGACCGCAGAAGGCGAUAUUCACUCGUCCCCCGGGGGUCGCGUAGGGAACUUGCUUCUCUUGACCAACUUGCUGUGGACCGUGUUCUUUGGGUGGUGGCUCGCCCUUGCAGCUCUUACUGGUGCUGUCGCAUGCUUCAUUUUCGCAUAUUAUUCGUCCAGUGCUGUGGAGUAUGGGAGAGUCUUCUCAGGGCUUUCUUGGUAUCUUAUCUACCCAUUUGGUUCCUUUGUACGGCUAGACACCGAUGAGAAUUAUGCAGAGGAAGAUGAAGGCGAAGGACGCAGUAUCAGUGAGUAUGAGCAAUGGCAGAAUGGGGACUUGGAGCAUGGCAGGCUAUUUUUUGGCCCUCGCCGCAACCAGUCUCUGGUUGGGAGGAGAAGAAACAGUGUCGAUUCGGCCAGUGAACAAGAAAGUCUUCUAGGUCGAACUCGCAGGCCUACUUCUUCUUCCUCUUGCCCUACAAGUCCCCUGGGUCACUCUAAGCGGCGAUUGUUUGGUCGUGGAGAAUGGACCCUAGGCCGCGUUGUUUUCUUCAUAUUCUUUUAUUUCCUCGUGGGACCACUCAUGCUUCUGGUGUCGCUCCUCUGCUGGUUACUGGUCUUCUGGAUCCCCAUGGGACGCGUAACCAUCAUCUUGUUUGACCACCUUCGCCGCCAUCCACUGGCCCUGUCGUAUCAUUCAGAUUCGUCAUCUACGAGACACGGCCCCGGAUCUGCUUCGUCCGUCUUGCUAUGUACCUACCGCGCUGCUGGCUUGAGAUACUGGAAAUACACGGUCGGCGGCACAAACAUCUUCUUAAUCAAUCUUCUUGGAGUGGUCUUGUUCGUCAUCGUCGAUUACUUCCUUCUCUCUCAAACCUUGGGCUUCCAAAAUGCGUUGACGCAUCCUGGCCUGAUCUUUACCCUUGCCCUUGUUUCCAUCAUCCCUCUGGCCUAUUUUAUUGGACAAGCCGUGGCCUCAAUCUCAGCACAAUCAUCCAUGGGCAUGGGUGCGGCCGUCAAUGCAUUUUUCUCCACCGUGGUUGAGGUUUACCUUUACUGCGUGGCCCUGACUGAAGGGAAAGGCCAGCUCGUUGAGGGCAGCAUCAUUGGUAGCAUCUUUGCCGGUGUCCUCUUUCUUCCCGGGCUGUCCAUGUGCUUCGGUGCGAUCAAGCGCAAGACCCAACGUUUCAAUGUCAAAUCUGCUGGAGUAACGUCCACAAUGCUAAUGUUUGCUGUGAUUGCUGCAUUCGGGCCCACGCUUUUCUAUCAGAUUUAUGGCAGUCAUGAACUCAAUUGUCGCCCUUGCCUUGUUGGUGUGGAAUCUAGCAGCAGUGAUUGCCGUCGUUGCUACUUUUCCCAGAUUCCGGCCGUCAACGAUAGUUUCUUCCGAAAAGCAGUACAGCCUUAUUCUUGGUUUGCGGCGCUGUUUUUGUUUCUGUCGUAUAUCAUUGGCCUGUGGUUUACAUUGAGAACCCACGCAGCCCUUAUCUGGGCUACAGAAGCUGAGGAAAAGAAGGCCGUAGCGCUUGCUCACGAGCAGCAGACGACCCCAUAUGAUUCAAGGCAUCUUCUCUUUCACAAUGGGUCAUCCGCGCUUGCUAGCGGCGGAAGCAUCGGACCGAAAGGCUCUGUUCGCGAUUCUCAACUCUAUAAACGGAUUCUGGGACAGUCUCUAAAACAUGUUGGCCUGUCAGAUAUUGCAGCCGAGUCUACGACAGACCACCACUCCGAGCCUAGCUUUAGGCGUAAAAACAAGGGAACGACAACCCCCUACCUUGUUCCGCCCCGUGCUCAGGAGGAUGAAGAUGACGACUCGGGGUUCAAGAACUUUGGUGUGCUAUCUGGCAAGGACAACGAACGUUUAGUCCGCCAAGUAACAGAAGUGGCGGCAACGGCAGCCGCAGUUGCUGCCCGAGAUGUCGCUCGAACUCGGAAGCCGUCUGUCCAACAUUCAACGCCUCGUCACGAUAGCAAGAGCCCUGCAGAUCCUGUAAAGGCCGUGCUGGAGGAGCACGACGAUAUCGGACUCGAACAUGGCCACACCAGUGGUGGACAUGACGCGCCGAACUGGAGCAGAGCCAGAAGCUCUAUAAUCCUUCUGGUGGCGACAAUUCUCUAUGCAAUCAUCGCUGAAAUCCUUGUCAACACCGUUGACGUGGUACUCGAGAGUGUUGAUAUUGAUGAGAAAUUCCUUGGUAUCACUCUCUUCGCUCUGGUACCUAACACCACGGAAUUUCUGAAUGCUAUCUCCUUUGCUAUGCACGGAAACAUUGCGUUGUCGAUGGAGAUUGGUUCGGCGUAUGUGCUGCAGGUUUGCCUGUUGCAGAUACCGGCCCUUGUCCUUUUCAGUGCCAUUUAUGCUCAACUAAUAGAGCCCACGGAACUCCUUACACGGUCUUUCAAGUGA